GUGCUAUCAUUGGGAGCAGAUGUCCUGCCCGAGUACAAACUCCAAAAACCCCGAGUUCACAAAUGGACUAUCCUCCACUAUUCUCCUUUCAAAGCGGUAUGGGACUGGAUUAUCCUGCUGCUCGUCAUUUAUACAGCCAUUUUCACGCCUUACGUGGCGGCCUUUUUGUUGAACGAGGAGCGGUUGGACAACGACGGCCCCAUCGUCAUCAUUGAUCUCAUCGUGGACGUCAUGUUCAUCAUAGACAUUCUCAUCAACUUUCGGACCACCUACGUUAACUCCAAUGACGAGGUGGUCAGCCAACCUGGCAAGAUUGCCGUCUACUACCUUCGGGGAUGGUUCAUCAUCGACGUCGUCGCUGCCAUACCUUUCGAUCUUCUCCUGGUCGGAAAGAACUCGGAUGAG